AACUACGUCACUCAGUUUUGGGAAGUUGGGGGUGAAUGAGACCAGACUAUCCACUCGGCUGCAUCAUGCCGAAAAUAAUGUGGAAAAUAACUUUGAUUCAUCUCUCCUCUUUGUUUUGCUUUUGCUGCUGUUUGCGUUACGAUGUGAACCCCGGGAACAGUCCAGACAUACCGGCUAUCGCCAAAUAUUUCAGCACCAAAGGGAGGUACGAGGAAGUGAACCCGUACCUUAUAGAGGACAUUCUCGCUGUGAACAGAUCUAUUUUACAGCCUCCAUCUGCACAAUGCCAAGAAAUUCAUCUGACUGCGAUAAUAAGACACGGAACAAGAUACCCGACGGUGAAAAAUGUGAAGAAAAUGCAAAAUCUGUACGAGCUGGUGAAGAGCAGCGCCUCAGGUAAGGAGAGCUGGCUGCAGGAGAUCAAGACUGAGUGGACGAUGUGGUACACAGAGGACAUGGACGGCAGACUGGUUCAGAAAGGAGUGAAGGAUCACAUGCAUCUAGCUGUCAGGCUGUCAAAGCUGUUCCCCUCAUUGAUCUCAGAGGAGAAGCUCAGAAAUGGACACAUCAGAUUUAUAACCAGCUCAAAGCACAGGUGUGUCAACAGCACUCUGUCCUUCAAGGCAGGCCUGACGGAGCUGUGGGCCAUCACAGGUAUGACCACGUGAUAUUAUAGAGGCUAUUGCAGACAAUCCACAGUAAAAUGCAUUUUCUGUUAUCGCUCUCAUUUUCUACCCAGAUAAGGAGUUUGACCAUGCAGUGAACGAUGCCCUCAUGAGAUUUUUUGACCAGUGCACCAGAUUUUUGGAGGAAGUUGAUAACAACCCCUCGGCCAUGUCUGAGCUGGACAAAUUCAGGCAGGGACCUGAGAUGAGGAGAGUCCAGGAGAAGAUUGCAGACCGUCUCAGAGUGCCGUACAACACCAUAUCAGACGGUCAGUAUGAUCUGUUGUGAAAGUACAGAAGAACACUCAGUUUACAAAACGCCACUUUAUAGCCACAAAUAAUGCUGAAAAGAGCACCUAACUUCAUCAACAGUACAUAUAGGGUCCUAGCCAUAGUACUAAACACCAAACAUCUUUUUAGCUUCACCUAAUUUCUUUAGCAAAGAGACUAAACACAGCUUACCUACUCUCUUCCAGAAGCUGCUUGUUUGUAGUGAGACCUCAGCCAGUCUAAUACAGACUGCUGUGGGGUGACACAGCUCAACGAAGAACAUUUAUGAUCAUUUCUUCAUGAAAAUGCAAUCAGACCGAGACGCUAAGGCAGAAGAACUACCGCUUAUUACUUCAAGGAAUGAUCAUAAAUGUUCUUCCUUGAGCUGUGUCCCCCCGCUGUCGUCCAUAAUGGGCUGGCCCGAGGUCUUGCUUCAACACGGUGUGUCUAACUCGGUGUUACGGUGUGUUUGACCCUAAAAUAAUUUUAUGCCGGAAUAUCCCUUUAACAGAGCAGGAAUAAGGAAUACGUUUUGCCCUGCCACUAAAAUCAUAUUCAACUUUAAAAAAAAAGCAGAAUCCAGAAAAUUUGAAGUUUUUGCACAUGAUUUAUUUAAAAAAAAAAAUUUCCCAAGAAAACCUGUCCACCUCAUAGGUGCAGCAUAUCAUGAUGCUGAUUAAACAGCAGGGUUAUCACUCAGGUUUGUGUUGGACUGGUCACAAUCAAAAGCCAUGUGCAUUCGUAUCAGACAACACAAUGCCAGCAGAGUGUGAAAUUUGCACUCGGAGUGCAGGAGUGUUCACUCAUUGUACUCCCAUAGGCUGUUAUUAGUGUUGUUUCUGAGACUUUGAACCACAUAAAACCAUCUUCACAGCUGUGGGCAACAAGUAACCGUGCCAAUUAAAACCAAAGUGUUGGAGCUUUAAGUUAAAGUUAUGGAAAAGCAGAGCAAAGACAAAAGAUGUGUUUGUCUGUACACAAACAGGAUGCUCCUUUGUUCAAUAAAACAAAGCAAAAGUGCAAUCCUGUUCCCUUUCACUGAACCAAAGGCAGUACAGUGAUAUUUAUCCUCUCCCUUACGGCUAGUUGUAGAGUCUGUAUACUUUAAAAAGUUUGAAAAGUUAACCGUCCCUUUCCUUUUUGAAGAGUUUUACUUAAUGUAUUUUAAAAGAGCUGUCUGGGUCAGAUCUAUACUUUAUUUUGUCUCUUUUAUUAAAUGUUGUUUUUCUAUUUUUAACUACUAUCUUACUAUUUAUAUGUUUGCAUAGGAAAGUAAAUAAAGAACACAUUAUAUCAUCAUAUCACAUAUAUAAUGUUGAACAUAUUUGGUCAUAUUACACAUUUAAAUUAUUGUACAGUAGGGGGUGCUGUUUAUGAUAUAAACUAUGUAGAAUGUGCUGUUACCAUCACUGAAUUAAUUUAUGACCUUGACACAAACAGACUUAACAUUAAUGUAGUUAUGAAAAAAAGCAAACAAACCUCUCAGUGUUUCUUUGAAUGGCUCCCUGGUUUGUCUGAAGUCACUACUUUUAAACUUUUUUGUUGCAACUUUCUCCCCCAGAUAUGGCUGAAGCAGCAUUUUACUUAUGUGCUUACGAGUUUGCGAUCAAAACGGUUAACUCCCCCUGGUGUCAACUCUUCGAUGAGGUGGAUGCGCAGGUAUGGGUUUCUGCUUAACAAUGUUUUCAAUUUAAUGUGCCAGCUUUGUCAAACAGACUGUCAAACACUAACCAGCCUGUGAAAGCACGUGGGUAAAGAUAACGUAUAAUGAGGUGUAGAGGUAAGUAACCUGAGGUUCUUGUUGUAAUUUAAUCAUUUCUAUCAAUGUGGACAAAUGCCUCCCUGCACACUGUAUCAAAAUUUGACCAGUUCCUUAAGUGUGCACGAGAUGUUCUGUUGUUCUGCAUGAGUAGAGAGUUAGUUAAACUUUUGGUCAUUCAUUACGAGAAAGUCGGCAAGAAACAGAAAAAACACAGACUUGAAAAAUAAGAUCUAAAAUGUGAAAUAAAACAAGAUAAAGAAAUAAGCAAUGCUUACCCCCUGCUUACUACAAAAGGCAUUAUUCAGGUCACAAAGAGUAUUUGUGUCUAGUGUUACAAGCUGACCUAACAAAUAACCUGUAAUCUAACCUCAGGUUUAAAACAAAGAAUGCUUUCCCAAUCCUCAUCCUGACUUUCAGUGAAUGGUUCUUUCUGUUUCAACAGGUGAUGGAGUACGCAAAUGACCUGAAACAAUUCUGGAAAAGGGGAUAUGGUUAUGAUAUAAACAGUAAGUCAAGCUGCAUCCUCUUCCACGAUGUGUUCAGUCGCCUGGACGACGCAGCAAACGAGAACAAGUGAGUAAAACUUAAUUGUCUCUGGUAACAGUUGGUAAUGUUCCUUUUAAUACUUCUUAUUAUAAGUAAAGCUAGUUAGAAGCCAAAGGACUUUGCUGCUAUGGUUCAUCACACAAUAUUUUAAACCAUACAGUGAUUUUUUCCUUUCAGUCUGAGCACAUUUCUUUCUACUGAACGUCCAUUACUCAAAGCACUCAGCUUCCGGUGAAUACAUUUUUGUUCAUAUAAUGAUAUUCAACAAGACAGUGUUUGUGAAAUGACCACAAAAUGUACUACAGUUCCUUUGUUCAGCAAUACAUGAUAUUUACUCUCAGUCAACAAUCAAACAAUAGACUAUGAGCAGAUAGACUAUUAAAAAUUGUGUAAUUAUGGGGGUUGUCGUCCGCAUAUGUAAACAAACAUUAUUAACUAGAAAUUUCCACCUGACGUGACUAUGGCACAACAAAUAUUCAUAUGUGAGGUAGUUUGGUUUUAUAAAUAUAAUAAAAAGUCAUUUUUAUCGGUGCAGGGUAAUGUUAUGUAAAUAAAAAAGGACAAGCUUUGUAGACAUGCAUAAUGAGUUGCAAUCACCCUUUGCUUUGUGUGUUUCUCCAAAAUAAAACACACUGUAACAGUCGUAAAACUGCAAAUUUAUGAGGUUUGAACUGUUGUUUUUAAAACAUUUAACAACAAAACUCAACUGGAUGUGAAAAAGACCUCAGGUCUUGUACUUUAAAAUAACAAAUAAAUGCAAAAAUGUUAUGUAUUACUACUAUAAAACACUGGAACUAAAAAAAUUGGUGCACUGUUGAAUAAUGUGGCUCAUUAAGUACCUUAACACUGAGAAGAAUAACAGAGGGUUGAAAAUACAAAUAAAUCUUAUGUGAGAAUACAUUUAUUGAGACUUACAUUUGCAUAUCUUUUCUCUGUUUUGUUCUUUUGCAGUGUAAAAGCUUGCUGUUUGUCUCUGUUUGAUGUCACCUCUAAGUAUUUGUAUCUUAAGAUACAUAUAUUUUUGCAUCUGAAGCCUGAAUUGCAUGUCUUUUUGAUUAAAUGCACAUUGAUGUUUGGCAUUGACAAGUGAAAGUAACAAGGUCAACAGAGCCCAGCACCAAAAUGUUUGCCUGUCUUUCAGACUGGACAGACAUCAAGGCCCUCCCUGCACAUACAUAUGUUAUUAAAAUAAAAGGGUGUGACUUAAUGUAAGGCUUCAGUCUGGGAGGAUACCCAAAAGCAAAGUUGCUAAUCAAGUUCAGAAUGAUAGAUAGCCCACAUGCAGAUCUGAAAGGGUACCUAAUGUCCCUGCUGUAAUAACACAUGGCUAAUUAUUUCCCACUAAGUCACCAGGGUUUGUGAGUUUCAGCCAAGAGGUUCAGAAGGGGUUGAAAAGUAGAGUGAGGUUAUCCACUGCCCAGUGCUAAGAAAUACAAACAGACUUUUUCAUCAGAGGAAAUUAUGUGAACUUAGCAAGUUAAACACAAAGUAGAGAUGAUAGAUUUUUGUUCAGGGCUUGUGAGACCUUAUAUUAAAAGUCAAGUCUACUAAUUUUAAUCCCUACAAUAAUAGGGAUAAUAAUAUUAUAAUAAUAAUAACCAUGCCCCAAAUGUCAACAGAAGCUUAGUUCUCAAACAAGACCUACUUUGACCGUUUUGAAUGCAAACAACUUUUAUUUAUUUUUUAAUCUCUCAGCUUGGAAAAAACAACACUAUUUUUCUUCACUCAAAUAACCUUCAAUUUGUAUCAUGAAAUCCUGUUCGUCUGGUAAAAAUAGUCUGGCAUCACUCAGACAUUUAUCUAAAACAAUUAAAUCCAACAAAGAAAGAGUUUAAAAGUAUAUUUUUGUUGAUUUUAUUUGCAGUCUCUGUUAACAACUAUUCAAAAAGCAACUAUUCUCCAGAUAAUAGUUAUUCAAAGUGAAGAGCAAAAUAUAGAAAGGAUAAACAAUCAUAAUUUAAACAUAAUUUUCAACUUUUUCUGUUGUAUAUCUGUUUUUUAAAGCACACUUUGUCAGCAUUAUUAAAGAAUCCUGUUUUUCUGGCCAACACUCCAGUCAAAGUUAGCAGCGAUAAGGCUUGAGCCCGGAGUUUGCCUGGGAUACAUUUUUUAAGGGUGUAUUUACUGCCAAAAUAAGUACAAUGUAUACAGCACUAAUUUAAAUAUAACCCUGUUUAUUCUUCAAGGUCAGGCCAGCGGGUCACUGAAGCUGUGACUAUCCAGGUGGGACAUGCAGAGACCCUGCUGCCCCUGCUCACCCUCCUGGGCUUCUCCAAGGACAGCAAUCCUCUGACCUCCACCAACUACGCCACUCAGACCCAACGCACCUUCCGCACCAGCCACAUGUUACCUUACGCAGCUAACUUAGUCCUGGUGCUGUAUGACUGUGGAAAUGGUGAGCUGAGAUUGCAGCCGCUGCUCAAUGAGAAGCCUGUAACUUUUCCUGGUUUGACCGAGGCCUCCAUGCCUCUGUAUCAGGAAGUCAGAGAGCGCUACAGGGACCUGCUCCAGGGCUGUGACUUUGAGACAGAGUGUCAGCUGUUCAAGGAUGCCUAGAAGGACAAGGUGGCCUGGAGAGAAUGUAGGGAACAGGUUUGAUUGAGUUUUGUCCACAAAAUGGAGUAAAAUUUGCAGCAAUAAAGGGAGCCUAUUAGCUUUAUGCGUUAAAAAUGCAAACAGAACCAUAACAGUUUUGCAUGUCGCCUUUUUCUACAUUUUGCAUUUUCAUUUGAGCAGAAAGGCAGACUUUCUCAGAGAAAACACAUGACUCUAACCUUUGACUUUAAGUUCACCUUCACUGUGACAUUAUUACAACUGCAGUAUUUUUGCAAGACAACACAGUUGCACAAGUUGUAACAGGAAGUAGAGGCCAUUUUUGCAGUGUGCGUGUUUGCCAUAUUGUGCAUAGGGUUUAGAUAUCUUGACUCAUCACAUAAUCAUUUCCUGAUCUCCAAGAAGCUUUGAAAGAUUUCGCAAAGAGUUCAGCACUUUGUGGGUGAUAUUGCGUAACUGAAAUCAGUGAUGCGUUUUCUGAGAGAGCUAAAGAUUGUGCUCACUGUGGUAGAAAAAAAAAUUAUGACGUUAACCAAAUCAUAUGGUUGUUACAUGCCAUUAAAACUUGCCAGAAAUGUACAAUUGGCACAUCUGUUAUUGACAGUUUUGAUUCUUCUGUCUAUAUAGACUUGCUCCAAUGAGAUUUGGUAGUUUUGGAUCAGUGUAUUUGUCAUUUUAUAACUAGCACAUUGCAUUUUCACUCUUGAUUCCCUGCUGUGUCACUUUUCUUGGCUGUGACCAGAAGUCAUCUUCAGAGAUCCUUUAAUCCCUGACACCAUAAGAAUUACAUGUAUCACCCUGAAACUAUGGAAAUCAUUGAUUGAUAGACAAAACUUGUCUGCAUAAAAAAAUAACAGGCGCAAAAAAUAUCUUCUCACCUCAGUCAGUGGUUAUGCUUACAUGCUUAUAUAGGAUUGCUUCCCUGGUAUCCUCAUGAAAAAAACAUCUGGAAGUGCCCUCCUGGACUCCUGGAUGCUUAUGAAGUAAAUAAAGCAUCGUAACUUGUCCUGUCUUUGGAAAAUGCAUGAAAAAUUGCUUUAGUAGCUGCCCCUCUAAAGAGUGAGUGCAUUCUGUGUGCCCUUACAGUGGAUAAAAUGUGGAAAAAGCCCUCCGAA